AAGCAGAUGGAAACAACUUCUGAAACAGUAGAUAAUAGACACUUAUCAUUGCUAAAGAAGAAGGUCGAGAAAACAAAACAUGCACCGCCUUCACGUCGAAUACAAUAUGAUGAUCCGAGUGCAGUUGCCAAGUUGAAAAAGACGCAAAUUGUUCGAAAGAAAACUGCAGAACGUGCUGUUCCACUCUUUUCUCACUUGCCUCAAUAUGAACAAGAAAGUAUAUUUUCUAGAGGGUUUCAAAGAGAUGCAAGUGAACUUCAUCCAGCAGUGAUAAAGUUAGGACUUCAGUAUGCUUCCGACGUGAUAUCUGGUGCCUCUUCUCGUUGUUUAUCGUUAUUGGAUACUCUUGCACUGGUUAUUGAAAGUUUUUCAUUAUCGGAAAUUUUAGAAACACGUGACUAUCGCCGGGAAUUAGAUAAAUAUAUAAGACGUAAUAUUCAGUUUCUUACUGAUUGUCGACCUUUAUCUAUUUCAAUGGGUAAUUGUAUAAGAUAUAUCAAGUCACGUAUCUCUCAUUUAUCUCCAAGUAUUCCUGAAAUAGAAAAUAAAUCGAGUCUUUUGAAAACAAUUCGCAGUUUUCGCGAAGAGAAGUUUGAGCGUACCGAAGAGAUGAUUGCAGAGUUGGGUGCAAAGCGUAUCAGAGACGGAGACACUAUUCUUACUUUGGGUCGAAGUUCUUGCGUUGAAGAAAUAUUUGUAAAAGCGAAAGAAUGUGGAAAAGACUUUCAUGUGAUUGUCUUAGAGGCUAGACCGAGACAAGAAGGACUGGAACUUUGCAAGAAUCUAAUUCGAGUUGGAGUCAAGACUGAUUAUUCUUCAUUAUUUGCAGCAAGUUAUUAUAUGCGGGAUGUCAAUCUUGUUUUAUGUGGUGCAGAAGGUCUAAUGUCUACUGGUGCGGUUAUUUCAGGAUUGGGAACGGCAUGUGUAGCUCUGGUAGCCAAAGAGUAUCAUGUUCCUGUCAUGAUUGCCAGUCAGACUAUCAAGUUUUCAGAAAGAGGACAUUUGGAUGCAAUUUGCUUCAAUGAAAUUGGUAAUCCAGAGGAGUUGGUUGAUCAUGAUGGAAGUGAAUGGAGAAUUGGAAAGAGAUGAAAAACCUCAAGGUUUUAAAUUUG